CCAAGCCUAAAAUGUUUGCCUGUCGCUAGGUAAUUUCUGCAUUACAUCAAAGGAUGUAUCAAAUGCUUGUUUUUAAAACUAGAAAACCAGACAGGCAAGUGUGUGUGUGUGCGCGCGCGUUGUCUUCUGUGUCCAACUAGCAGAAUUUACAGAGCACUGAAAACAGAUAUUAUGGGGGAAAUGAAGGAAUUUAAAGUGUGUAUGUGAAGACACGAAUAAAACCAAACGCCUGAAAGAUCAGAUCAACGUCCUGAAAACUGCCAUGUUGGACUGGAGUAUAGCUUGGUGACAGAAUGGUUGAUUACAUAGUGUUGCGGAUACCCAGCACCGUGUAGAAAAACAAAACAAAAGCAAACAACAACGAAAGAGAAAAUAAAAAAACCCUAACAUACUAGAAUUCAAAUAUCUCAUGGAGAAAUAAGGUAAUUCUGGUUUAGCUGGGUGUGCCUUAUCCUUGGCCUGGGCUACAGGUAUCCUAUCUCAAGAAAAGAAAAGAAAAGAAAAAAGAAAAGAAAAAGUAAUAAUUCUGAUUUAAACAAAGCAGGGUUAGAGAACAAAUAGUCCCUUGAUGGAUAGUAUUAACGAAAAUACAGAUAAGUAGACCCGUGUGGUGCUGCGCGCCUUUAAUCCCAGGACUCAGGAGGCAGAGAAGGUGGAUGGAUCUCUGAGUUCGAGGCUAGCCUGGUCUACAGAGCGAGUUCCAGGACAGUCAGGGCUCCAUGGAAGGAAGAAAAGUUUGUUUUUAAAAUAUUUAAAAUUUGCUAAAUUAAAUUUUACGUGUAUUUUACCUGCACAUAUAUUUGUACCACUUUUGCUCCCAGUGCUUGCAGAGGCCAGAAGACGGGGUCUGAUCACCUGAAACUAGAGUGACGGACGGUUGUGAGCCCCCAUGUGGGUGCCGGAAUUUAACCCAGAACCCUUGGAAGAACAACCAGUGCCCUUAACCUCUGACUCAUCUCUCCAACCCUGUAACUGACUUCUUACAUUUAACACAACCCCCCACAAUGUACUGUGUCUCGAUUUCUCUGUUGAGUUUAGCCCGGACUGGCCUCUAACUCUCUCAUUAGCUAAGGAUAGCCCUUAACCUUCCUGCUUCCAUCUCCGGAGUGCUGCAAUUCUAGGCAUGGACCACCAUGACAAAUUUUCAUAGCUGAAUGUAUACCCGCAGUGGAUAGACAUGCUUUUUGUUUAUCCAUUCCUCGCUUGGUGGUUAACUUUCUUGGUAAAACCCAGCUUCUCUCAUGGAUUUCUUUUUCUCUAGAAGGAGAAUGAGUGGAUUGACUUUCAGGUCAACGAAGGCCCAUUGGACGGCGAACCUCAGCCGGCCGUGCUCUCAUGGACCUACUGGGCUAUUCGUGCCGCCAAGCCCACCUUUGGACCCUGAGAAGAUCAAGGAGUUACAGCGCUUCAUUACCCUUUCCAAGAAACUUCUAGUGAUGACUGGCGCAGGAAUCUCCACGGAGUCUGGGAUCCCAGACUACAGGUCGGAAAAGGUGGGUCUUUACGCCCGCACGGACCGGAGACCCAUCCAGCAUAUCGAUUUCAUACGCAGCGCUCCAGUUCGUCAGCGGUACUGGGCCAGAAACUUUGUGGGCUGGCCUCAGUUCUCCUCUCACCAACCCAACCCAGCACAUUGGGCCUUGAGCAACUGGGAGAAACUGGGGAAGCUGCACUGGUUGGUGACUCAGAAUGUGGAUGCUCUGCACUCCAAGGCGGGGAACCAGCGGCUGACAGAGCUCCAUGGAUGCAUGCACAGAGUCCUGUGCCUGAGCUGUGGGGAACAGACUCCCCGCAGGGUACUGCAGGAACGCUUCCAAGUCCUGAACCCCAGCUGGAGCGCUGAGGCGCAGGGCGUGGCCCCCGACGGUGAUGUGUUCCUCACUGAGGAGCAGGUCCGGAGCUUUCAGGUCCCGUCCUGUGAUCGGUGCGGAGGUCCUCUGAAACCAGAUGUCGUUUUCUUUGGGGACACAGUGAACCCAGACAAGGUUGACUUUGUGCACAGGCGCGUGAAAGAGGCUGAUUCGCUACUGGUGGUCGGAUCGUCCCUGCAGGUGUACUCUGGUUACCGGUUCAUCCUCACCGCCAGGGAGAAGAAGCUUCCCAUUGCCAUUCUGAACAUCGGACCCACUAGGUCAGAUGACUUGGCCUGCCUGAAGCUGGAUUCCCGCUGCGGAGAGUUGCUGCCUUUAAUAGAUCCACAGUGACCGAGGUCUGGUGCUCAGAGUCUGGGAAUGGAGUUUCCGUUGAGUCCUGCUGCUAAGGGUCUGCAGUACAGAAGAGGGCAUCAGAUCCCCUUACAGAUGGCUGGGAGCCACCAUGUGGUGCUGGGAAUUGAACUCAGGACCUCUGGAAGAGCAGCCAGUGCUCUUCAUCAAUCCCAAAAGUUUCUUCCCUUGCCUUCAAACUAAUGGAAGCUUACAGACUGUGUCCUAUAGAGGGCACAAAGCAAUGUCUACAGGCCAGUCCACCAGUGCACACCCCUGUUUACAGACAGCUGUCAGAGUCCUCAUGCGGAUGAGAACUGCCCUCUUAAGAAGGACUUUAAAGAAGCAGCUGUUCUUGAUGACACAGUUGUGCCACCUUCCUUUUCAUCCCACCGGGAAGAAGGAACACCUGGGAAGUCCAUGAGCCAGCGUGGUCUGUGGAGGCCGCCACUGAGACCUCACUGAUUCAGGGAAGAACCAGAAGGGCAUCUAUAACUGACUUCUAAUUCCACAUGGUUGUGUCUGACUGGAGCACCUUGAUAUUUUAACAGCAUGAGCAACAGCAUAAUGAAAUUUUAUU